GGAACGCUCGGCGGUUUUGAUACAUUUUCAGGUUCCAUUGAGAAAAAAACAGACACGCGCGCAGAAGCCCCCGUAGAAAUCUUGCAGAACGGGAGCCGGGAGGAGGAAGAAAGAGAGCGAGAGAGCGGCGCUGCGGGAAGGAAGCCGGAGCCCGCCGAGUGCCGGAUCGUCAGCGGGGGACGCCGUCGCUGGCGGCGGCGGGAAGCACCAGAAGACUACGCGGAGGAGAGCGACGGAGGCGCCACCGCCGGGCGAGCAGCCCUUCUUCUCCUCCUCCUCCUCCCGGCCAGCUCGCCCUGCUUGCCCGCCGCCCAGCCCUGGGAGCGCCGGGUGGGCAUGAGAGCCGCGAGCCGGCCGCCCCCCGCCAACCUGCCUCUGCAGCCGCCGCCGCCGCCAGAGGAAGACGAAGCCGCCGCCGCCCCGCGAUGUCCAGGAGGAAGCAGAGCAAGCCCCGGCAGAUCAAACGCGCCUUUGGUGAGAUGGAAGAAGGGGACGAAGUUCCUUUGGAGGACCACAGCCAUUCGGAAAAGGAGGGAGGCGCUUCUGACCGCGAAGGCUCCGUGGAAGGCGAUUUGUCCAGCUCCCCUUGCAGCGAAAAGACUGAACUCAGAGAGAGCUUGGAGAGCCCAAAGGAGCCAGAUAAACAAGAGAUUCUGGAGAAGCCCCAGGAGCCGAAGCUUUGGAACGGGCCAGGUGAACUGGAGCUGAUGACAUCAGAGGGCGAGAGCAAAGUGCGUGCCAGGCAGAACGUGCCUGAGGGAUUGUCCUGGGGUCCGUACCAGGGGAAUAUCCACAGUGAGCCUGCUUCUCCAGGGAACAGUGAGCCACCAAACCCACCCGUGACCCUGGUGCUGGAAGAUGACAACUGCUGGCUGUUGAAGCUGCCCUUGGUUUCUGGAGAAGGCAAUACCAACUCCGUGAUCUACAAGAAGGAUGAUUCUAUCUGGUGCAAAACCACCAAAGCCAUCUCAGAAGGAGACGCACUGAGCGCGUUUGUCAUGGCUGAGCCAAUGGGGAUUCCCAACCACACCGUGAAGACUGAGCCUGAGGGGCCUUCUUACCCAGCAGCACUGGCCCCUGAAAUCCAGCUUCUGCCACAGCAAGCGGGCAUGGCAGCCAUCUUGGCCACAGCGGUUGUGAACAAGGACGUCUUUCCCUGCAAGGACUGCGGAAUUUGGUACCGGAGCGAGAGGAACUUGCAGGCCCAUCUGAUGUACUAUUGCGCCAGCCGCCAGAACGCCACGUCUCCCACGGUGGAUGAAAAGCCCAAGGAGGCCUAUCCGAAUGAGCGCAUCUGCCCUUUCCCCCAGUGCAAGAAGAGCUGCCCCAGCGCCAGUUCCUUGGAGAUACACAUGCGGAGCCACAGUGGAGAGAGGCCAUUUGUGUGCCUUAUCUGCCACUCUGCCUUCACCACAAAAGCCAACUGUGAGCGUCACCUGAAGGUCCACACAGACACACUGAACGGCGUCUGCCACAGCUGCGGAUUCAUCUCCACCACCAGAGACAUUCUCUACAGUCACCUGGUCACAAAUCAUAUGAUCUGCCAGCCAGGUUCCAAGGGGGAGGUCUACGCCCAAAGCACCACCAUUGCUGCCCCGGCCACCAAGCCCCUGGCCCCAGGUCUGAACACGCCAGGCCCAGCCUCCACCUUCAAGUGCAGCUUCUGUGGCUAUGUGGCUGACUGCUUGCCCAGCCUCCAACAGCACGUAGUCCUGCACAGCACUGCUGCAGCUGUACUGCCAGGCCUGGAGCCCAAAGCUGCCCAGAGCCAGCUGGACACCCCUGCCAAACUGGCAACACAGGGGGUGAUGGCGCCCCCUACAGAGGAAGCGGCAAAUGGCUCCCCACCCCAAGAAGGUUUCUCCUCCACACUGGGGGAUGGGGUGACAGUAGUGCAGAUCAAGGAGGAGCCUGAAGACGAGGGGGGCCCUCAAGGGACCUCCCAGACAGGGGCAACCGCUGGUCCUGAGCUGGAGCCAGACGCCUCCUCUCGCGCAUCCUCUCCACAUAGCCUGCAUUCAGUAAAGGUGAAGUCUGAAAUCACCAGCCCCACGCCCGGGUCCAGCCCAGUGCCCAGCGAGCCCGGGUCGAGUACACCUGGUGGCACAAUAUUUCUCCCCCAGUACAUGUUUGGCCACGAGGCUACGGUGGUGCCCCAAGCUUCAGAGAUCCUGGCCAAGAUGUCGGAGCUGGUGCACAGCCGCCUGAAGCAAGGCCACACCGUGGUGCCCCCUGUCCUCUUCCCAGGCACCCCAGUGCCCAAGGGCGCCACCUGCUUUGAGUGCGAGAUCACCUUCAACAACAUCAACAACUACUACGUCCACAAGCGGCUGUACUGCUCCAGCCGCCGCUUGGCAGAAGAGAGCCCCCCCGGCCCUCGCAAGCUGAAGGCGGCUCCUUCAGUGCCCCCCAAAGGCCCUCCCACACCUGGAGUCCUCCUCUCGCCCCCACUACCGGGAGACAGCAAGGCCACAAUUGAGGGGGAAGCUGGGCCAGGCGCCAGCCCACCCAGUGUCCCAGAGGUCAAGCAAGAGAUCAAGGUGGAGGAGGGUGGGGCUAAAACCAGCCCCUCCCCUGAGGCCGAUGGGACGGGGCGCAUCAGUGAGGACAGCCGGAGCCCUGGAGGCAGCUCCAUGGAGGAGCCAGACGAUGACCCUAGCCGGACUGUGUGCGAAGCCUGCAACAUCCGCUUCAGCCGCCAUGAGACGUACAUGGUGCACAAGCGCUACUACUGUGCCUCCCGCCACGACCCGCCACUGCGGCGGGCUGGCGCUGCGGGCAAGGUGCCCUUCCUCCCCCAGCCGAUCCGUACACGCAAGCGGCGCAAGCUGUACGAAAUCCACAAUGCCGCCAACCAGCUCAGCGGUGCCCCGGAUGCCACCCACCCCGAGGUGCCCCCCGUGGUCCCAGCUCUCAUUCCCGUGGUCAAGGCUGCCCCCUCUCCUAGCUCGAGCCCCGACACGGACGGCCCCAUUGACCUGAGCAAGAAGCCCCGCCUCCACAGCGGUGCGGAAGUUCUGCCGGCUUCCCUCCUGCCGCUGGCCGACUACCACGAGUGCACGGCCUGCCGCAUCAGCUUCCACAGCCUGGACAGCUACCUGGCUCACAAGAAGUACUACUGCCCGGCCACACCCUUGCAGCCUAGCACACUCGAGCAGCUGCAGAAGAUCAAAGGGGCCGUCCCAGCUGUGCCGAAACCUCGGGGCAGCCCCGAAGGGCUGAGCGAGGAACCUGAAGCGGCAUUAGUCAAAGUAGAGAAGGGGGUCCCUUCUGUGAGCCCUGCAGCACCCCCGGCUGCCUUCCCUGGCCUGGACUCGCUUCCGCAGCGCUACCUGGAUGCCAAAGCCCUGCACCUCCCAGGCACCAAGGUGCCCCUGGUGGUGUGCCCCUACUGCCCGCUCAACGGAGCCAUUAAGGGAGACUUGGUGGAGCACUUCCGCAAUGCCCACGGCCUAUUUGUUGCCAAAACGGUGGCUGGCGCCACGUUGAUAGAGGCCACCCGGACGCUGGCGGAGGGCAGCCUGCUCCCGCCGCUGCCCACUGCCUCCCCGCCACAGCCCCUCCCCAGACUGCGCAAGGACAGCUUCAACGGCAAGGAGCCUCCCACUCCUUCCGUCUCCAACGGGAGCCCGCGCCCUACCAUCUCCCCACAGCCCCUUCUCCCCCUCUCCCCUCCUGCCCCCUUGCCCAUCUCCCCCUUGCCCGAGGCAACACCCAACGCCCCUCCUGGCUACACGGACAAAAGCAUGCAGACCCCACUGGGCAAAGGACCCCCCACCCCUGUGGCCAACGGCAACCACAGGUACUGCCGCCUCUGCAACAUCAAGUUCAGCAGCCUGUCGACCUUCAUUGCCCACAAGAAGUACUACUGCUCCUCACACGCUGCCGAGCACGUCAAGUAAAGCCUCGUCCAGGCCUGGGUGUUGUUUGGCAUCCUGGAAUCACAGCCUCUGGCCACUCAUGGCUAUGGGGGGGGACGUAGGGCUUGGGAGCAGCCAGUCGUGAUGGACUCUCCUGCCGUCGAGAGCGCCCCAUGCCCCCUGCUCUGGACCUGGGGAAGGGUUGUUUUUGCACUAGGGCUGUGGAAAGGGGGCAGGUUCUUCCUUAAGGCGCCAGUGGAGCCCUGGAGGGGGGGCAGCCAAGUUGCACGCAGGGGCUCGGAGGAGCUGAAGGAAGCCAUGGGGAUGUCUUCCUUACAAAGUGGGCGCCCCAACUCACAGACUCGGUGUAAACCCUUCCUCUCAAUCCCAGCGCUAAUAAGAGAUCAGGGAUCACUCUACCCCACCCACCCCCUCCUUUUUACAUCUGGGGGAGUUUGAGGCCAGUUUGCGGGGGGGAGAGAUGCACUUCUCUGCCCCUUCUCCAGCCCUGAUUGUCUAGAAUGAAUUGACCUGAAAACAAUAACAGUGGCGGCAUUUCAGAAUGGGCAGCAGCUGCGCAGGUGAAAUCUUGGGGCAUAGGGCCAGGUUGCCAGCUUCUGAAUGGGAGCCUCUCUGCUUUUCUAGUGCAUCCCCCAACUCAGCCAACCCCUCUGGAGGCCCAAGUUGCUUCCUAUCUCUGCUUUCUAUUUCCCCAAUGCCUUUCUCCUAAGUUUUGGGGGCUUUUCUCCACCAGGGGUGUUGGGGAAAGACCUCUCAUACCCAGAGAGACCCCAAGAUAUAUCUGUCUCCUUUUUAUUUUUUCAGGGCCUCACUUUAAGCCAGGGUUCCUGGACAGCAGCUCCCCCACCCCCACAUCUCCUUUUUCUGCCCCACCUUUUUUUUGCUUUUGGCAUAUGAAGUCAGAAUGAUGAAGCAACUCCUUGAGCAUGUACA